GAGUAUUUUGUCAAAAGUCAAGGUUGCAUGUUGUGAAAAAUUUUAUCAAAUGUAUAAUCGUGUAUCGCGUUGUUUUAGUUUGUUGAGAAAAUAUGAUAAUUCAACUAUAAAUGAAUUAUCGAAGGUGGUGAGAAGGAAUGAUUUCUCUACUUUUAAAAAAGAUAACAAUUCUGAGACUCCAGGUAAUCAGAAACUGAUGCAACUUUCAAAAAAAUCUUAUUGCACGAGAUCUUGCUGGAAAUGUCAAAGAAUCAUUCACAAACAAGCUGAGCAAUUUUUUUGUGAAUGUGGAGUGAUACAACCCCCUAUAAACGAGAAUUUUUUUAAAGUAAUGGAUAUUGAAGAAACUUUUCAAGUUGAUAACGAAGACCUAUCUACAAAAUUUAAGGACUUACAGAGGCGACUACAUCCCGAUAAAUUUGCGAAUAAAUCACCGGUGGAAAAAGAAUAUUCUGAACAGCAAAGUUCUCUGAUAAAUAAAGCCUAUACAACUUUGCAAAAACCUCUCGACAGAGGAGUUUACCUACUUGAGCAAAACAAAGUCUACCUUGAAGAAGAUGAAACUAUUGCCGAACCAGAAUUUUUGUUAAGUAUGAUGGAAAUAAAUGAGGAAAUUGAAAGUUCCAAUGAUGAGGUAUCCCUUAUGGAAUUGGAUAAAGAAAAUAAAUUAAGAAUCGAGUCAAUCAUUUCUUCUUUGAAAGACGCUUUUGAAAAAAGAGAACUGAAAAAUGCUAAAAAAUUGUUAAUUGAACUAAGAUAUAUAAUGAAUAUUGAUAAUAAGAUAAGCGAUAAAAUAAGACAUUUAUUUUAA